AUGACUACGCCCACGCCCACGCCCACUCUCCCACCCUUACCAACUUCACCAACCACGACACCCCUGGCGAAACUCCUCUGGGGCGAGGAACGGCUCCAACGACGAUGUGAGAUUCUGGCAGCCAUCUCGACGAACCCGGUAUUCGCGACGGACGGGCGAUGUAAUCCGCACGCCCUGGCGCGGAAGGAAUUAUGGACGCUGCGCCUGAAGCAGGGCGUCGAGUUGCUGGCGUUGAAGUUCAAGUUGGGAUGGUCGAACCAGCAGUUCGUCGAUGCGACCAAGAUUGCUGGCGAUAUUUUGUCGUUGGGGGUGAAUUAUCGGAUCUUCAUCAGAAACCUCGAGGCCCAGAUGAGCGCAGCCCAGAAAGCAUACUGGAUCCCUCGGGCUGAGAGGUUCGAGAUCGCAGGAUGUUACGCCCAGACGGAGCUCGGCCACGGGAGUAACGUCCGGGGCAUCGAGACGACGGCCACAUUCGACCCGAGCGCCGAGGCCGACGAGAUCGUCAUCAACUCGCCCACUGUGUCGAGCCACAAGUACUGGAUCGGUUCGCUCGGCGUGGUCGCGACGCAUGCCCUCGUCAUUGCGCGGCUCGUCGUCAAGGGCCAAGAUCUGGGAAACCACGUCUUCUUGGUCCAGGUCCGCGAUCUCGACACCCACGACCUCAUGCCCGGCGUGCAGAUUUACGAACAGGGCGAGAAAGGCAUGGGGACGUUUGCGUCCAUGGACAAUGGCGUCAUGGCCUUCACGAACUGUCGGAUUCCGAGGGCGAAUAUGUUGGCGGGCAUGGUCUCCUUGGAGCGAGAUGGAACGUACCGUGCCGCCAGAAAUACAAAGCACGCGUAUACUUCGAUGGUCAUCAUCCGCGGGCUGAUGUCCGAGGAGAUCGGGACCGAAGUGGCAAAGGCGGUGGUCAUUGCCUUGAAGUAUACGGGCUUCAGACGACAGUUCAACACCCGGGAUGGACAAGAGAAGAGAGUGAUUGAGUAUGCGAGCGUGCAGCACCGGCUGUUUCCUGCAUUAGCCCGGGCUGUUGCGAUGAUGCUUCUCGGUCGCGAGAUGAGAGCCCGCAUCGACAACAUCGUCAACGAGAGUCUCGAAGAUCUGCAUCUGCAAACAGUCGGAGCGAAGAUCUGGGUGAGCGAACAUGGCGUGCGUGACAUAGAAGUCGCUCGUUUGAGCUGCGGUGGCCACGGCAACAUGGCAGCAACGGGACUGGGGGCGCUGUAUGCGCAACUCUCUCCGUCACGGACAUAUGAGGGAGAGACAUACGUCCUUUCCCAGCAGAUUGGAAAUGCUGUCGUGAAGCACUGGAAGAAUAAAUCCGAGAGCUCCAUCAGCGCCUUGUCGUAUCUGGGACGAUUGAGAGACCACAAGAAGAUGUCUCAGAGGUUUCAAGUCGCCAGCGUGGAUGCGUGGUCCAGCCCUCGCGUCCAAGAAGAGUUCCUGGAGCUCAGAGCAGCUCUUCUUGCGAAAAGGCACCUAGACGACGUGGCUGGCGGAAGGGAUACCAGCUACGAUGUCUUCGAGCUCACCAUGGCUCAUGCGGACCUCACGUAUUGCCGCGCGUUGCAAGCCCAGGUGAAGCAGAGUCCGGCCGAGGACAGACCGACGUUGGAGGCCUUGGCGAAUGUGUUUGCCCUCACCGCCAUCGUCGAGAACUUGGCCGCCUUCGCUGGUACAGAACUUCUUUCAGCCGAGGAUCUCGCCAAUCUACGCCUGGCUCACAAGGCCGCCAUCUCGGUUUUUGCGAGAGAGGUAGACCGGGUGGUUGAGGCGUUUGGCUUCACCGAGUACGAGCUCAACAGCGUGUUUGCUCGGUCCAGUCAGACACCCUACGAAGGACUGCUGGAAGUGGCGAAGCAGAGCGAGUUGACCGACAACCGCUUCAUCCGGCCGACGCUGCUCGAGGCAAGAGGUUUGUGGAAGAAGUACGGCCGUGCAAAGAUAUAG